ACGAUGUCUGGCUAUAGGCUAGGUUGGAAUAGUCUGCUGUACAAUGCCAAGGCUACGCAAAGUCACUGCAGGUAAAUGGGCAGGGGCAGAAAGACUGCAGUCACACGUAGAGAGAGAAAGCGCUCCCAUAGCACUGCCGAAUGGCAGAGCAAAAGCGACUCUUCAUUGCUAACUCCCGCCUGCGUGCAUUCGACGUAACUUUUCAAAAAGCUACUCCCCUUCGGAUGUGUAGGUUGUGUCCUUUGUCCACAGUUCGGGCUACUAGCUGGGUAUAUUUUACGCCUGCUACGUUAGUAGUAGCUGGGAGAACCAAACGAGAUGGGGGCGAAGUAGGUGGCUCGCUAGCUAGAUAAGAGUGAAGGUUGGACUGUCUACUGCAGGGGCUGUGGGUAGCCUUGGUUGUGGUAUGCGGACUAAGUAGUUAGCAAGGAUACGAUUGAAAAAGGAAAACGCUGAGUUAAGUGUAACGGCAUUCUCGCCUGCUCGUGAAGGGAAUUUUUGAACUUGCAGUGUGUUUUAUACACGACUGCUACCUGGUUGCUAGCUAGAAGCGGCAUUGAACAGAGAGAGGGGAAAGGAUCAACUUUCCAGCCUGACGCAGAACCGCAAACAUGCAGUUGACGGAGUUCCUUGCUUCAGGAACCUUCCUGAGCCUGCUCCUUGUCCGGUGGUCCGACAGCCUUUCAUUGUCCUCGGAAGAAGCUAACCAGUUCUUGAGAAGACACAGGAGAGCGAAUCACGUUUUCGAGGAGACGAAACAAGGGCACCUGGAGCGAGAGUGUGUGGAAGAGAAGUGUAGCAAAGAGGAGGCGAGAGAAGUAUUCGAGAACGACCCUGAAACAGACUACUUCUUUCCAAAGUACUUGGCGUGCAUGGAGAAGUUCGGAGACACGGACAAGAAGAAACAAGACCUGAUCACCUGUGUUCACAAUAUUCCAGACCAGUGCUCUCCGUCUCCCUGUAAUCCUCGAGGUACGGUGCGCUGUGAGGACAAAAAGGGUGACUUCCUCUGCCACUGCUUCACUGGCUGGACAGGAGUCCGUUGUGAGAAAGAUGUCAACGAGUGCAACAAGAGGAAUGGAGGAUGUGACCACGAGUGUAACAACACUAUGGGUAGCUACCAUUGCUCCUGUCGCCGUGGUUAUAUGCUGGUCGGACGCCAGAUGUGUAACGACGUGGAUGAGUGCCAGGAUCCAGGUAUGUGUGGGACAGCGAGGUGUGUGAACCAGGAUGGAGCCUAUGACUGUCUGUGUGAGACGGGAUACGUUUACGACAACAACACCAAGACCUGCCUAGAUGUGGAUGAGUGUGAGCAGGGAGUGUGUGAGGAGUGUGUGAACACACCCGGUAGUUUCCGGUGUUUCUGUGACGGUCGGCAGGGCAAGAAGUUGAGCCGCGACCUCAGGAGCUGUCAGGAGAUCACUACAUGUGUGUCUCUCACCAUGAAGAGGAACUCCCGUUCUCUCUACCUGGGCCGGAUGUUCAGCGGUGUUCCAGUGGUCAGGCUACGCUUCCGCAGGAGAGUCCAGACUGGCUUCUCAGCUGAGUUUGACCUCCGUACCUUUGACCCGGAGGGGGUCAUCUUCUUCGCUGGUGGUCACCUGAACAGUUCCUGGAUUGUUCUGGCAAUGCAUCAUGGGAAACUGGAGCUGCAGCUGAGGUACGGGGCGGUCAGCCGGGUCACCAGCAGCGGGCCCGUCGUCAACGACGGACAGUGGAGAAAGAUCUCAGUGGAGGAGCAGGGGCGGAGUCUGGUGAUAAAGAUUGACAGGGAGGCGGUGAUGAAGAUAGCUGUGAAUGGAGAUCUGUUCACCCUGAAGAAAGGCUUGCAUGAACUCAACCUGACUGUAGGGGGCGUCCCUUUCAAAGAGGACAGUCUCAUCAACCAGGUGAACCCGAGGUUUGAUGCCUGUAUGCGCGAGUGGCGCUGGUUAACAGGAGAGGAUACGUCCAUUCAGGAGACCAUCAAGUCUAAUGACAACAUGCAGUGUUUCAGUACAGAAAACCCCGGAACCUAUUACCCUGGGACAGGCUUCGCUCUGUUCAACAUCACAUACGCAGAGUCCCAGUCUCUGAGUAUCCAGCUGACUCUGAGACCAGCCUCCACUGUUGGGGUUCUAUUGGCUCUGGUGUAUCAGGACAGCGUGUCUCUCUCCAUCUCUCUCUCCGACUACCACAGAGACAACCAGGAGUGGCGGGAGGUGAGAUGUUACUUUGACCCGACGUUGUCGGUCUGUCUGACUCAAUUUGCUUUAUUGGCAUAAUGUAACAAUGUAGAU